UGUCUGCUGGCACUCAACGUUACAGACUCUCACGGAGCUCACUAGUAUGAGAUUAUGCAUUAGAGGAAAAAGAGGAGAGAGAAUUAUUCCAGAAUACAGAUUGCUUCCAAACUCUUCUGAAUCGUGCUGAAAUGGAAGGACCUGCUGCAGUGAUGUGCCUGAGAACUUGCUAUAUAAAAGACUGUAAACCACUCCAUUUUGCUGAAAAUCCAUCUGAGCUGGGACAAUCCCAUCUCUCCAGGAACUGCAGUUGCUCUCGUAGGUUGAUGAAACAAAGGCGGUCAAACAGUAUUAGCAUGUGCACCUUGCCCAUCAUCCCAGAAUAUCCAGGCUUCCAGGACAUUAAGUUAUCAAGAAAUUAUUCGGAAACUCCAGCCUUCAACCGACUUUUCCAAGAUUUGGAAAGGGGAAAGAGCUCCUCAUCACAGCUGAACAAUUUUCCAAAUAGAGCUUCAUUAGUCCAUUGCUUGGGGGGCUCUUCAAGAGGCUACCUGAAAGGCCACCCGACAACCAGCAGUGGCUUCCAUGAUAAACCAUUGCAAGAGUAUUUCAACGAGAGACUAAUGGAGCUCAGGAACUAUGAAAGUAAGAGGUCUAAUAGGAAGACAAAAGUAUUUGCUGAUAAGAACCAGAAUGCCUUCCUCACCCGCAGAGGAUGUCGGCGCAGAAGCAGCUGCAGUGCUGUGGUAAUGAUUGGGCACGGCAAGGAGAGUGAAGAGUCCUGCAGCUCAGCAAAUCAAGACGAAAAAAAAGCGAUCGAGCGUAACGAUCAAGAGGAAACCCAGAAUGUCCUGGACCUCUGCAAGGGUGACAUCUUGGACAUUUUGACAAUGCACAUCGCUGCUCCCCUAGAAGCAUUUGUGCAAAAAAAAUGACACCGGAGCUGGUUACAGCUUUUCAUGCAGUCCUGAAAACCAGGAAGAUUUGUUGCUGUUCAGCGCCGUUCUGACUUAAGUAGUUCAUGUAUGUCAGUGCACUCUGACACAGAAAUGUGCUUGUUUGUGGGAGAAAAUAUUCUCUCAUUUUGUGUUCUUGAUUAACAUUGCAUAUAUUUGUUUUCAAUUAUUUUCCGCAAAGAAUUAGUAUAAUUGAGGCAUAGUUGUGACUUAUUAUAUACAGACAGCAGUGUUCUAAAUAUGUGCACAUAUUACUUGAAUUCUUAAGUUGCCUUAAAAAAAGGUGAUUAGUGUCAGAGGAGCAGCUGGGUUUCCUAUUGUGCAGUUUGUAUUAGCUAAUCUGAAGAAAGACUGUUGUGUUCUGCCUAGUUACUUUGCUUGUUUUAAGCCUGUUGGUUUUUAUCAUGUCACUUUGGCCCAACUCAUUUAUGGUGAUGUUUUGCACAGAUGCAAACAGUUGAUGAGAAAUGAUUGAUUUUCACUGGUUGCCACGUGUAAUCCCAGGUGGAUCACUGUAAGUGUUUGAUGCAUGAAGAAGCAAACACAGAUGUAAGUUUUACUUUUAAAUAUGAUUGGCCAUUAUGGUUUCAUUUGCAGACUCAAAAACCUUUGACUUAAAAAGCACUACAAGGACAAAGAGGAAAAAAAUGCUAGAUUUAAGUGGGACUGAUGGAAUUAAGUAUGAAAGAAGGCUCCUUCCCUCCUUUCUACUGCAAAUAUGAGAACAAUAUAGCAAAUUCCUAAUGUAAUCUGAACUUCAAAUUGUUAUUGUAUUUUAGUGCUUAUCGUGGUCAUCUAAGUAUACAAUGUCAGCUGCAGCUGAAUCUUUUUAUUAUGUGAAAUGUCAAUGUUUAAUUCCACAGUACUCUGACUGAAUAUCAGACCCCAAGCAGGGCAAUUAUUUUAAGCUUCCAGAAAGAACUACUGCUGCCUGUGGUACCAUUGGCAAUAAAUUCCUCAUUACAGUGUU